UGUGAAACCAAUGAUGUCACCGAGAUGUAAGGAAACAACCAAAAGUGAGGUUAUAGAAUUAUAUCUGUCAUUACCUCUCAAGCCGACUUCCGUGGAACCUUUGCAGACAGUGGAGCGCGACAGCUGUGGUGAAGAAGAAGCGUGUCUGCUCGGACUGGAUGAUCUGUCGUCUUCUGCCUCUGCUGGCUGCUGCUUCAUGUGGCCGUGUUUUCGGGCAAACGCAUUCUGCCGCAGCUCAGUCACCGUCCGGAGGAUAUUUACCGAGGGAUCCACGUCAGAAGAAUGUCGCCGCGGCUCAACUUGAAAAGCCUCCGGUAGGUCGAGGGGACGUGAACGCACCUCACCUUGCAUUCAGCCAUGGGAGGUCAGAUCACCAGGAACACCUUCUACGAUUCUAUCAAUGGCCAAUUCCCAGCUACGACCCGGCAAUGCCACCACAAACAGAAACGCUGCCUUCCCAGUCAGCAUUGCGGUGGUCUGUCUUCCUUCCCACUGCUCUUCCAUCCCAGCACCAAGGGCUCGCAGAUCAUCAUGGACAUGUCCCAGAGGACCGUCAAGAGACACGGCAGCUUCUGCAAUGCCAUCACCUUCAGCAACCGGCCAAUAGCUGUUUAUGAGCAAGUUCGGUUGAAGAUCACAAAAAAGCAGUGCUGUUGGAGCGGAGCACUCCGUAUUGGGUUUACAUCCAAAGACCCCUCCAGGAUCAACCCUGACUCGCUGCCCAAGUACGCCUGCCCUGACCUGGUGCUGCAGAGUGGCUUCUGGGCCAAGGCUCUGCCAGAGGAGUUGUCAAACGAGGGGAACGUCGUCUCCUUCUGGGUGGACAAGAAAGGUCGCGUGUUCUACAGAAUCAACGAGUCCAGCCCCAUGCUGUUCUUCAGCGGAGUUCAUGCCUCUGAACCUUUAUGGGCUCUUAUAGACGUCUACGGCCUCACCAGGGGGAUCCAGCUGCUCGACACCGAGAUGAUCAAUCCAGACUUCUGUAACCCUCGGAACUUUGCUGUCAGAAGACUCUACUCUGUCCAGCAAGCCAGAGAAGACCCUCGUCUCUCGAUCAGCCUGUGUGAUCUGAGCCUGCAGCAGCAGGAGAUGAACCUGGAGACUGAAGAGGAAGAGCAGUCCUUAGGUUCCUCUUCCUGCCAUGUUCCUCAAAACUCCCAGAACUCCCAGCAGUGCUCUCUGCUUCCAAGCCAUAUGGACUCUGACCUGCACUUCCACUCCGUCCACGGCGUUCAUGUCACGAUGUUUGACAAGCACAUGGUGGCGCGAAGAGACCACCGCGGCGAUGACCGAACUUUGGUGUUCACAAGCCGACCCGUGCGUUGCUCAGAGACCGUCUUUAUCAAGGUUAGCGCAGGCAUGGCUCGGCCUGGCUGUCUGUCCUACGGGGUCACCUCCUGUAACCCGGCUGCCCUCAGGCCCAGCGACUUGCCAUCGAACCCGGAGUCCCUUGUGGACCGCAAGGAGUUCUGGGCCGUCUGCCGCGUGGCGGUGCCCCUUCACAACGGAGAUAUCCUGGGGUUUGUGGUGAACUCAGAGGGGGAGGUCAUCGUGAGCCACAAUGGCGUCAGUGCAGGGAUGCAGCUGUGUGUGGACAACUCCAGACCACUGUGGAUGUUCUACGGUCUUCACAACACGCUCAACCAACUCAGGAUUUUAGGCUCGUCUCCGAACCCAGACCAGCGAAGCCCGUCGCUCGCCAACUCCUCCCCCUGCAGCCCCAUCUCUCCCUCAAUGCUUUGCUGCGGCCCCCCUGAGCCAAACAUGGACAAAGCGUUCACCAUCAACCUCAGCUCCAACCACACGGCUCAGACUUCUACAGGGACGACACCCAGCUCUCCAUUCUCCAGCCUCCCCGAGUCUCCCAACUUCCCGUGCCGCUCCACCUCGCUCAGCGACGAGUGCGCCAUUUGCUACGAGAACAUGGUGGACACGGUCCUCUACGCCUGCGGACACAUGUGUCUCUGCUACACCUGCGGACUCAAGCUGAAGAAGAUGUCGAACGCAUGCUGCCCCAUCUGCAGGAGCGCCAUCAAAGACAUCAUCAAGACCUACAGGAGCACAUGAGACACCAGCGACUGGGCGGAAGUGUGUGGUCUCAGGUACUCGCGAGGACAAUAUUUGACUUUAUUCAAGCCACUUCAGUCAUACUAUUAUCAGAGGCAGGCAGAGGUUUAGGGUUCAGUGGGAAGAUGGGCCUGUUUCUUGUCAUUUAUUUUGACCUGAUGUUACAGUCCUGUCAACAUACGAAUUAACCGACACAAAGUUCUCACACAUUCACCAAAUAAUGGCUUUAUCAUAUCAUUUUUCACGAAGUGGUUAGGAAGCAAGGAAGAACUUGGCUGCUUUUCAAAUGUUGUUUUUAAAUGUUUGAAAAUCACAUGCAAGCAGCGUGUUAACAUGGUAUCCAGUGAAGAAGGGAUGAAGGCAGCGCCUCUUUUCAAGAUUCCAAAGACAAGAUUUCAACACAUUAAGGUUAAGUCAGUGGGUUUGAGUAUUUUCUAGAGGACUGAAAAUGAUAUAACUCUAUGUUCUUUCAUAAAAUGAAACUACAUAUUGCAUAAUAUACUCAUUUUUGUAGUUAAAAUAACGCAACGGGUUGAGGAAAAAACGGGGGAAAUUGAUACAGAAAUGAGGAAAUUCAGUUUAACUAAUGUGUACAAUUGAACUUGGGCACUUUGCCAGUGAAUAAUAGUGAAAAUCCAGGACGUGCACAGACAUUUGGGGUGCAGGUGCUGAAGCCAGUUGCUCUUAAAAUUAUUAUUACUGCCAUUGGGAUUUUUCAUUACAUUCUAAGAAUUUAAUUCUGUGACUUCUGGUCACAUGAUGUGCUGCGGCAAAAAAAUGAAAAAUCUGACAUGGUGGGUUUUUUUACUCAUGUAGGAUCAUUUGCAAAUUCUUUUUCUGUGGUUCGAGGAUGGAAAAAGUGGGAGGGGCUUGAAAAUAAAAUGAGACAUUUGAUACCAAAAUAGAUUUAGGUGGAAGUGAUGUGUGCAACCUUUCCAAAGGAAUGUAAGAUGAAGGAAAAAAUGGGCUACUACACAAAGGGCACUUUUUUUUUCUUGAAGGAAAAAACGGCAGGUGCCCGAGUCCUUUGAUGGCCGUAUCUGUGCACGUGCCUAGAAUACGUUAAAUGUUUAAAAUCAUAAUAUACUUGGAAGGAAAGGUACCUCAAAUGUUGCUUUUAUUUUAUGAUAAAUGAAAGUGCUUCUCAAACAUAGGGGGAAAAUUAACCAAGAAAGUGUGAUGUGAUGACGCAAACUGUUUUUCACUUUAAAGAACACACUGCUUCAGACGACGAAAUAAGACCAUUCAUUUCAACCAUUGACACCACAAUAGCUGUUGCUGCGGGUGAGAAUGUGACGAGAGGAAGAGGGUAAUGGACUGAAGAUAUUCUAGAUGAGAUCAAGAAGCAACUGAUCCCAAAAACUCAUUAAAAGAAAAUGGCGAGCAUUCCUUGGACGAUGUCACACGGAUGCUACAGCUGCAAGUUCUUAAAACAACAAGUCAACACGCAACUGAACUUCGCUCCAAGAAAUUAUUAAUGGGACACAAAAUGAUCUCGCAGACUUUUUCAGACUGUAAUUACCAAAAAUGUUGCUCAGUCCUGCGAAUAUUUUCACAGCAUUUCUGCACAUGCUGCUUGCUAGCACACCAGCUAACGCUCACACACUGACUCCUUGUUGUGGUGGUUUUAUGGAAAUAACAAAUAUAUUAGGACGAGAGAGAUGGUCCUGCUUUAAAUGGUGUGUCUGGAUACAUCAAAACGUCAGUAGAUGAGCUGCGAAACAUCGUCUGCAGCGCUUUCGUGACCACCUAAUAAGCACUUGUGGGUAGUCAACUAUUUUUUAAUGAAAACAAAAAACAACUUGUUCGUUAUUAAAGAAAACUCAUAAAAAAGACAAUCAGUUGCAGAUGGUUUUGUCUCCUGUCGGAGCUUUAAGACAGUGCUGUGCAGACGCCGUGUCCUUCAUUCACUAAGUGACCAGGAAGCUGUUGUUAUUCCGGGACAUUAGUGGAUAUUUUAUUUGCAUAUCAGAGGUUCGUGCGUCCCCUCCGUCAGUAAAAGCAAACUCCAAGGACAUUUCCACUAAUGCGACGCGCUCUUCUUUGACUUGUUAAGAAGCUAUUUUCAUCUGUUUACUGUUUGUUUUGGACCCGAGGAAAGUUUACCAAGUCAUGAGUCUGAGGUUGCCUGACAACUGAAGACAAUGCCGGUUCAAAUUUUCCAUUAGCAAUUUCAAAAAGCUUCGAGAUAGAAAUUCCUCAUCAAGGGAAUGUUGUUGUUCAAGCCUCCCGUUGCAGAAUCCUUCUUAGUGAGUGUUCCAACGUCCGAGAGAAGUGGAUUUGCAGCUAGUCUCCAACAUACAUCGGAAUGAUCAACAAGCUGGAAUGGAAAUACCUGGAGUUCACCUGCAAAUAUGGCCGCCAGAGCUGAGAAUGAAAACCUGAUGCUGUUCAGUGUCGAUCUAGUCGAUAGGUGUCAGUGGAUGAAGUGAUGAGGACCAACUGUUGGGGGCCUUUAGUAUCAGUGCUGGGGCAUCUCUAUCCAUUCCCCACCAAGGUUGUGUCGUGGGGGCAGAAGCUGGAGCAAAGAGGCCCAACUUACCUUUCCUCUGAAGCCUUACCAGGGCUAACCAAGAGAUGAUCUGUCCCUCGUGUCAUGGGUCGGCCCUGAGGUCUCCUCCCAGUUGGACAUGGUCACAACAUCUCACCAGGAAAGUGUCCGCUGGCUUAGCUCCUUGUGACUUUAUUCAUUUCACACUCCAUCUCUCGCUUGUGAACAGGCCUCUAGACAGCUGUGCGCUGUAACAAGGCAAGUGGCGAGCCUCGAAGGGUGGCGUACAACUCGCGAUGGGCAGAUGAGGCUUCAUGAAACAGUGCCCUUGUUUUCAGAGCCCCCUAGAUGGCACUCUCCGCAUUAAGGCUCUAAUUUGGGUAUGAGAAACAUUUCACUACAACUCAUCAUCAUCAUAUCAUUUUUGAAUCGAGAGCGCCACCUACUGAGUGCUGAACAUGGGGACACAUGAAGUCUCAGCAGCCCAUCACUACGUAUGACUGACAUGCUAAUAAUGUUAGCUCAGGAGAAAUGAUGAUGCACGUCGUAACUACUUCUCGCCGGUUUUUAUUUUGGUCGUCCCAUCACAAGUUGGGUCUUGGUGGAAUUGAACGUGGUUUUAUUCAUCCAGUCGCCAUGCUAAGUGCUCCAGGGUUCUUCAUUCAGACAAGAAUCCCAAGUUUGUCCCUCGUAAUACAGCUUUAGCAUAUCGCUAGCUUUUUAUUACCAUCUUCAAACUAAUCUUAUGCUUAUGAUGUGCAAUAGUAUUUUCAUAUCCAAGCAUCUGGGGAAGGAUUCCAGCAUUUCUGUUACGAAAUAUAUUCUCAGUAUAAAAAUAGGAUCGCUGUGUUUACUAUUAGCAAUUUCAGCCAUAAACUUCUGUUGAAUAAUACUGGAAUUUUGUCGUACUUCAGAGUGUUGCAACUUUGGACGUUUCUACUUGGCUUUGUUUUCCGAUAAUGACCAAAUACGGCCUUGCAAGUGUGAAGUGUCGUGAGUCCUUCUGAUACAACAUGGUGGUGUUGUUUGCUUAACAAAUGGUGACGUCUAUUUAUUUUGCGAGUGCUACUAUACAGAGUUGUCGCUGUUGAUCUUGUACGCAUCAUAGCCAGACAGAUUACUGUACAUAUAUAUAUAUAUAUAUAUAUAUAUAUAUAUAUAUAUAUAUAUAUAUAUAAUCACUGACGAAGAAGAUGGAGCUCUUCAGUGUAAAGCAACCAAAUGUUUGUACUCUGGAAAAUAGCCAUGCUAGCUGCUUCCCUUGUUUAAGACUUGUUUUAUUGACUUCAGUUGGAUGGGAACAUAGUGCUUUUAAAUAACUUUGUUUGCCGUUAUUUUCUUUGAAUAAACUUCAUGAUGGAAUGUGUGGUCAGUAAUCAGCGAUGAUCACGCUACUUAAAUGCGACCAAACGGAACUCACCGUCAAUCUGUUCAUAUUCAAUUGGGUCAGGAAUUGUUUUUGUAAAUAAAAUGAUUAGAUUUGAUAAUGAUGUUGAGUAUGUUCAAUAAAGUCUGAA